GUGGUUUAAUUUCCGAAAUGGACAGCGAGCUUGUAUUUCCACCACGAAAUUAUUGACUGUAAUUGGAUUAAUUGAAUUUCUCAUUACAGAAUGGCAGCCCAUCUGAAAAAGCGUGCAUAUGAGGAGUUCAGCCAAAUAAUUCAGGAGGAACCCAAGGCACCUCCAAUCAAGGUUAGGCUUGUAACACGCCCCCAGACCUCCCAGGUCACCCUCGAUCUUCAGAGGGCUGGCACUUCAAGAGAGGCCCUCACUCAGCUGCUUGAUCUAGAGAAUCAGUUACCAGUCAGCCAAGAUGCUGCAGAGAGUAUUAUCAACACCCUUUUUGAGCACUACAGCAAAGAAGAAGGAGCCCACGUCAGGUCAAAGAUCAUUGAACUCUUGGGUCACAUUGCAAGACUCCCAGGUGUGAAUGCUGUGGGUAUUGCCAAUGACCUGAUGACCCUGUUAAAUACAGAAGGUUCUCACAAGGUCAAAGGUCAAAUAUUUACCACACUCACUGUGAUUGGCCGAAGCCUUCCACUGACUUCUGAUCUCCACCGUCAGCUUGUACAACUUGCUCAAAAGCAUUUAACGGACUCUAACCAUGCCGUACGAUGUGCCAGCUUGAGCAUGAUUGGUCAGCUUGGCAUGUGUGACCUCAAAUCUGUGGCGUCGUCAUCGUCCUCUGGAAAGAGUGGCAAGGAGCGUCGUAAGGGCAAUCUGCAGAGGAUGCUGGGUGAAUUCACGAGCGACAGGGACGCUCGGGUCAGGGAGGCCGCUUUCCAAGCUAUGUUCGCCCUCCACCAGCGAGGACAGAAACUUGACCUGGAUCUCUACCAGCAGUCCAUCAAAUCCUUGACGGACGACCACGAAGGGGUACGGCUGGUGGCACUCAAACUAGUCUGGGUCCUGGGCCAAGUCCACCCUGACGAGCCCGUCUCAGCUCCUGGAACUUCCGAGGAGACCCUGAGACUCGUCGACGACGGUUUUGCCAAGAUUUGCGACAUGGUGACAGAUUCUUCGAUCAAGGUGCGAGCGGAGGCAGCGGGUCUCCUGGGCUCGCUGCAUUCCGUCAGUACCAGGUUCCUGGAGCAGACUCUGGACAAGAAACUGAUGUCAGGACUCAGGAAAAAGUUUUCAGCCCAUGAAAGACAGAAGGAGCAGUUCACAUCGGGUGAAUGGUCGACCGGUAAGAAAUGGGCCGAUGAUAAGCCACAAGAGGACGUUGACCCCGAUUCCGUCAGUCUAAUUACUUCCGGGGCAUGUGGUGCCUUCGUUCAUGGUCUCGAGGAUGAAUAUUUAGAGGUGAGAUCCAUUGCUCUAGACUCUCUCUGUGAGCUGGCUUUCCAGUCACCGUCCUUCGCCAUCCUCUCCCUUGACUUCCUCGUCGACAUGUUCAACGACGAGAUCGAGAGUGUUCGGCUGAACGCCAUCCACAGUCUAAGGAAGAUCAACCACCAUAUUAAGCUGAGGGAAGACCAGCUUGAGAUCAUUCUCAAUGUGCUAGAUGAUUCAUCCAAGGAAAUAAGGGAGGCUCUCCAUGAGCUGCUCUCCUCCAUUACCAUGGUAACCAAGUCCUGUCUCCACAAGGCCCUGAUGUUCCUCAUCAGGAACCUGAGCAAGUACCCCCACGACAGACUCUCCAUCUGGAACUGUUUGAAAAACCUUGGUACUGCCCAUCCAGACCUGACCUUAGCCUUGGUACCAGACCUUCUUGGUACACAUCCUUACUUUGAUACACCAGAGCCCGACAUGGACGACCCAGGCUACAUUGCCGUGAUGAUCAUGAUCUUGAAUUCUGCUGUCAACUCUCCCACCAUGUCUGCCCUAUUCCCUGAGUAUACCUUCAGACAUUACACCUAUCUGAGGGACUCCCUGCCACACCUAGUACCUGUAGUUGAGAACCUUCAGCUAACCAGAAGACAGGGGUUAUCAGAAACAGGAGACAGUAUGGCUGACAGACAGACCAACCCUCAAGACUUCUUACAACAAACCUUGGACAAACUCAAGGGUCUCGAUGGUCUAUCAAACUCAGCUGCUAUUAACAUCAUGCAACUCACUAUUAGAGAUCUGCAGCGUAUCAGCGAGUUAGAGCCAAAGAUAGCUGCCACCGCCCAGUUAUAUUCCAUGUACAUUGAUUGUCGGCUCACCCUUGCAAAGGCAUUGAGUGGUGAACACUGGAACGUCCCUGCCAUGCUCUGCCCUCAACAGAGUGCCGAGACUGCUCUAGCCGCUUCAGAAAGGGUGAUAGAGCUGAGUUACAGACUCCAGCACCUCUACGUGGGCUGCAGCGAGUCCGAGCUCGCCAUGGUGCAGCAACUCCGUCUCCGAGCCUGGGCCCUGCAACUUGUGGUACAGCUCAGGGGGAGCGCCAGCAACAGUGGCAGCAGUGGUAGCUCCUCCAGUCACCUCGCGCAGAGGUUUCUCACCAGAGCGUCGGCCAUGCAAGAACACUUCACAUCGGCGAGCAUCACUCCGGACUCUUUCACACACGCCGUCUUCUCCCAGGUGCUGAAGCUCUCCGCAGCGCGACAUGCCAUCCUCACCAAGUUCCUGCAGCCCCUUCUCCUGCACAACCGAGCCCCGAUCCUGUGCCUUGCCAACACCAUAAGCUGCGUCUCGGCGACGAUCCGCGAGCCGGUGGGAGGGAGCGACAAUCCCCACCGCUUCACCGCGGGACUCACGCUCGGGCUGUUUGUGGACGCCGAGCUGGAGAAUGUCCGUGACCUGGAACGGAUCAGGAUUCAGGUGCGUUUCCCAGACUCCAGGACUCAGCUCUUCAUCCCCCGUAGUAGUGACUUCAGAAUCCUGAGCAACCUCAGACAUCGCUUCAUGACUGAAAUCUACCUCUCGCAUGGCUUAUGGUCAGAGCCAUGUCAAGUCGAGGUCAGCAUUGUAAUGACCCAUGAACCCCAUGCGUUGGGCCCUUCCACUUCAUCCAAAGGGGAGACAUCAUCAAGUAGUAGUGGAGGGACUGUGGAUCUGUGUAAACCCGUCAAGGUGUUUUUAAUGCCCAAGCCUGCCAAGAGAUGAUGAGAAUAUUGGGAAAAUUUGCUGAGAAUUGCCAGAGAUAUGUCAAAUAUAUUGUCUGUUUGUAGCCAGAGGGUGUUAACUUAUCUACUUUAACACAGAGUUAUAGCCCCACUGCACUACUUGUUCCUUC